AUGGGACAGGCUCAAACUACUCCUUUAAGCAUUAUGGUCGAUCAUUUUAAAGAGGUAAAGGGAAGGGCCAGCAACCUCAGUGCGGAGGUCCAGAAGGACCGGUGGCGGACUUUUUGUUCUAGGGAGUGGCCAACUUUUAAUGUUGGGUGGCCGCCGGAGGGGACUUUCGAUCUCCCCACCAUUCGCCGGGUUAGGGACGUCGUCUCCCAGCCCAAAGAGGGACAUCCUGGUCAACUCUCUUACAUUGUUACUUGGCAGGACCUCGUGGAAAAUCCACCACCUUGGCUUAGGCCCUUCCUACCUCCACACCCUCCGGAGCCAGAACCCAUUCUUGCCUUACAGGAAGCGGAGAAGAAGGAGAAGAAAGCCACCCUGCCGUCAGCUCCAGCUCCCCCCUACCCGGUUUUGCAGGAGGGAACUGGAGAAGAGUUAAUUUUUCCUCCCCCGUAUCAUUUCCACAGGAUGCCGGAGAGAUUCGAUCCUACCCCGUCGCGGGAAGCUGACGCAGUUCCGGGAAUGGCUGGGGGCGGGGUUCCGGGAAUGGCUGGGGGCGGGGUUCCAGGAAUGGCCGCGGUUCCGGUUCCGGUAGGAGGCCCACCUCUCACCCGGCAAAGAGCUCAGCGGGAGCUGUCUGUCUCAGCACCCGACUCCACUAUCAAGACCCUGCCCUUACGAGCCGCUGGACCUCCAGAUGCGGAUGGCAACCAGCCCCAUGUUUAUUGGCCUUUCGCAACUAGCGACCUCUAUAACUGGAAGGCACAGAACCCUAAGUUCUCCGAAAAACCGGGGAGACUUAUUGACUUGCUAGAUUCUGUUCUUUUCACCCAUCAGCCCACAUGGGAUGACUGUCAGCAGCUUUUACAGGUUCUGUUCACGACGGAAGAGAGAGAAAGGAUCCUCAGUGAGGCCCGAAAGAUGGUUCCCGGUGUAGACGGAAAUCCAACCACAAACCAGGCCCAGAUAGAUGUCUCUUUUCCCUUAACUAGGCCUGAAUGGGAUUUCAACACAGCAGAAGGUAAGGAGAGGCUCUUGGUCUACCGUCAGACUCUAAUGGGAGGUCUCCGCAGGGCUGCUAGAAAGCCCACCAAUUUGACCAAGGUAGGGAACGUACAGCAGGAAAGAGAUGAGUCUCCAGCUGCCUUUCUAGAACGGAUCAUGGAGGCAUAUCGCACCUAUACCCCCAUGGAUCCAGAAGCCCCUGAGAAUAAGGCAGCUGUAAUCAUGAGUUUUAUAAACCAGUCAGCCAUGGACAUUAGAAAGAAACUACAGAGAAUAGAUAGAUUAGGAGAAAAGAGUUUACAGGAUUUACUUGUAGUAGCAGAGAAGGUGUUCAAUAACCGAGAGCCCCCUGAGGAGAGGCAAGCCCGCGUCAUGGUGGCUGCCAGUGACAAGCAGACUCGAAACCUGGCCAAGAUUCUGCUAGCCACCACCAUGGAGUCCCCUGGGGAGCGGACCCGCCACCUCCGCCAGCUCGCUAAUGGCCAAGAAAGAGGUAAGAGAACUGCCCGGGACGGGAAAAGGAAGCUGCAACAGAACCAGUGUGCUUACUGCAAAGAGAUAGGGCACUGGGUCCGAGAAUGCCCAAAGAAGGCCGGUAAAAAGGGGAACAAGACAGACCGGGUGGAGGUCUUGGAGCUGGAAGGACUGAGUGAUUAGGGAAGUCGGGGUUCGGAUCCCCUCCCCGAGCCCAGGGUAACUCUUAAAGUGGAGGGGACACCUGUUGACUUCCUUGUCGACACUGGAGCACAACAUUCGGUUCUCCGCACACCUCAGGGGAAGCUAGCCAGCAAAAAGUCCUGGGUGCAAGGGGCAACUGGCAUGAGCCAGUAUUCAUGGACUACCCGAAGAACAGUAGAUCUAGGAACGGGCCGGGUAUCCCAUUCCUUCAUGGUAAUACCAGAAUGCCCCUACCCCCUAUUAGGACGAGACUUGCUAACCAAGAUUUGGGCCCAAAUAACCUUCAGACAAGGGGGGCCUCAGGUCACCGAUGGCGAAGGCCACCCCAUCCAGGUUCUGACUCUGAGACUGGAGGAUGAAUAUCGCCUCCACCAGGGGGCGCCCCCAGUAGAGAACAAUAUGGACAGGUGGCUGCAAGAAUUCCCCACAGCCUGGGCAGAGACGGGGGGAGUGGGGCUGGCCGCCCACAGGGCCCCAACGCUGGUAGAACUAAAACCAGGAGAAGGCCCGAUGAGAGUCAAACAGUACCCUAUGUCCCAGGAGGCUCGGAAGGGAAUCCAGCCUCACAUCCGGAGACUGCGAAGCCUAGGGGUACUGGUUCCAUGCCAAUCUGCCUGGAACACCCCCCUCCUGCCAGUCAGAAAGCCCCAUACGAAUGACUAUCGGCCAGUUCAGGACCUCCGGGAAGUAAAUAAAAGAGUCCUGGAUAUACACCCAACCGUUCCUAACCCAUACACUCUCCUAAGCUCUCUGGCACCCUCUAGAAUCUGGUAUACUGUAUUAGACUUGAAGGAUGCCUUUUUCAGCCUGCCGCUAGCGCCUCAAAGCCAACCCCUGUUUGCCUUCGAAUGGCAUGACCCUGAGGAAGGUUACAGUGGACAAUUAACCUGGACGCGAUUGCCCCAAGGAUUCAAGAAUUCACCCACCAUCUUUGACGAGGCGCUGCAUGAAGACCUCGGUGAGUACAGGAGGGAACACCCCAAUCUCACCCUUCUUCAAUACGUAGAUGACAUCCUGAUUGCUGCCGAUACAGCCAAAGAUUGUGAGCAAGGGACCAAAGAUCUGCUGGCCACCUUAGGAACCUUAGGGUACCGGGCCUCGGCGAAGAAGGCUCAGAUAUGCCAAAAGAGGAUGCCCCACUACAUGACUGUGCGGGAAUCCUGGAGCAGGUACAUGGACUUCGGAAGGACUUGACCGAUCGGCCCCUCCUGGAUGCAGAGGCCACCUGGUUCACGGAUGGAAGCAGCUUCGUGCGGAACGGGUGCAGGUAUGCGGGUGCAGCGGUGGUC